AUGCUGCCCCCUCCGCCCCCCCCUCCCUCCCCCCCUCCCUCCUCCCCCCCUCCCUCCCCCCUUCCCUCCCCCCCUCCCUCCCCCCCCCACCCCCUGACCCCCCCUCCCCCGCCAUGCAGUCGGCCAACCACUUGGCCUGCCAAAAAGAGACUGCCCGAGAGAGGCCCGGACGCCCCGCACGUGGUCCUCUCAACGAAGUUCGGAGAACCCUGGUACAGCAUCUCCGUCGGCGUCAAAGAGAUCCUCGAGGAACUGGGAUGCACUGUCUACAAUCCCAACACCGACAACAAGGAGCUCUACGGGGACGAGGCCGAUGACCGGCUCCGCACCUUCUGCGAAAACUUAACCAGGAUCCAGCGCGAGAAGAGGGGCUUCGUCCUCCAAAUUCAGCAGGGCCAGGCCCGGGAGAAGUCCAACAUGCAGAUCGCGGAGGAGGACAUGGGCACGCAAUGGCACAUCCCCCGCAUGGGCCUUCAUGCCUUUCCGAUCACCGAAAUUCGAGGAGGCGGCACCAAGGCGGAGGAAUAUCUGGCCCGAGCAGUGGAGAGGGCCAAAAAGCAGUGGGAAGAGGAGGGCAUCAAAGACGAGGUGGAGAUGGUGUCAGAGUGGUUCGAGCCCUUGGAGGGCGACCGCGAGCUGCCCGUCGACGACAAGGGCGAGCUCCAGGGCCGAGCGCGGUGCACGUGGCCAGAGGGCCAAGUCUACGAGGGGGAGUGGAAGGAUGGUCUGAGGCACGGCAAGGGAACUUACACGUAUAAGAACGGCUACGUGGAGGUCGGCUUCUACGACAAGGACAAGCGCAAGGGCCGCUCGGUGCAGCUCAGCGCGGACCGCACGGCGGCCGGGCUCUUUAUGGACGGCAAAAUGGAGCGCGAGGUCUCCGUGGCCGAGGCCGGGGGCCCUCGAGAGCAGAGAAAGAGA